AUGGCACAGAGAGGUGGAGGUGCGUCGCAGUGGAAAGUCAUCGGCAAAAGUGGACAAGUAUGGCAAGUCCGGCACAUCAACCCCUACAGUGACGGGAGUCCGCGCCACUGGCCAGGAAAGCCUUAUCAACCAAGUUCCGAAGAGAAGUAUUUGAUUCAACUGGCAAAAGCAUGGGUCAAGCAAGAUGGGCUCGAACAACCCGGCGUCGAAUACUACCUUGACAAGCUGCCUGCUGGUUAUGCUGUGUUCGAAGUACACCAGCCAGGUGGAUCUCAAGUCUACAAGAGACUCUUUGGCCAUCCAUCAGGCAAAUACUACGACUCUAUUGUGCGGUUCGGGGUGCACUUCUUAUGGCUAAUGUCUGGCAUGCAUGGCAUCUGCGAAUGCGUGCAUUGUGGUCACCAUAGACCAAAGCCUAUUAUUCCCCGAACUCGCUUUACCUUUGACAGGGUCGUACUGCCUAAAGAGCAGAACAGAGUACUCUAUGAGUAUGACAGUGUUGGCUCGACGAGGUCCAACUCAGCAGAUGCCCGCCAUCCCGGCGGUACUUCGACCAGGCCGCAACGACAAAUCAAAGCGGUCGGGGCGCCGUACGCUUAUGACGAGGAGGGAGUAGAAGAUGUCUACAAGGAAUUGCUCAAAAGACUUGAAGCUGCACAAGGAAGCAGGAGAGGCAUCGAAGACGAUAUCAGAGAAGUCAAUUCUAUGGAUUGGAGAGCAGAACACUUUUGGGACGGUAUGGGCUCCGAUUUGAUCCAACGCACAUUGACCACAAUCGAACAUCAGCAUUCUUUCGUCCCACGGGUAGGCGAACUUGUCUUGUGGACCCCAAAUUUCUUGGACGAUCACUAUCUGAUGCUGGACGAAGAAAGCGGCGAAUAUAAGUUCUACUCGCCUGACCAGAACUGCUUUCACGGAUUCCCCACCUGGAGAGGUGGAGUGGUAGCAGCCGCUCCAUCAACUACCGGUAGCGACGGCCCUGUCGACUUUCCUGAUAUCCAGACUCUCCCCGAUAAAAGUAACGCUCUGAAUAGGGCUGGCUUCCGGGUCGAGACUUUCCCGGACCCCAACAAUGAGGUCGACAAGAAAGCGUCCAAGCAGUACAGAUAUGUGCCUCUACGCAACAUCCGGCCGCUCUCACAGUGGCAAAUGCUACUUCGUGGAAUCCCGCAGGAGAAGUGGCAUCCAACUAUCCGUCAUGCCUUGACAUGUAUGACCAGCCUAUCUCUGCUUGAAAAGUGGUGGUUUAACGGAGAUUGGCCCAACGCUAGCAUCCAAUGUAAAGGCAUCUACAUUGGGGCCGAGUUGAUCACCGUUGGAGAUACCGUUCGUAUUAUGCCCGAUGCCAGCACCAAAGCGAGAAAGUGUACGGAUGUCCUCGUCGUCGAUUCGAUCCGACUGAAUCUUCACGAUAUCACACCUGCACAAACCUCACCAGACUCGCCACUUUUAUCAUCAGCGUCUUCUAUCACACUUGUAGGAAGGGCCUACACACUUGAUAUCCGCCGUCACUACCAGAUGCAAGGAAAAGCCAAUGUGAUGCAGUCUAAGCUUCCUUCUCCCGUGCCCAAGCAGGAGGUGAAGACUGUCUUCCCACCAGUGGGCUCUGGCGACUAUGGCUCGUGGUACCACCUCCAUGACCCAAACAACCGCUUCGAGAUUUCCCACGACGAAGUUCUGGGCAGGAUGUAUGAAGCCGCUGCUGUCCAGCUUUGGAUGGGCCUGCUGCAACGCAAACCCUCGAAAGGACAGCCCGCCAUCAGACCGAAAUUGGACUACGAUAUAAGAGCAAUCCAAGAAGGUCGGAGAUACGCCACCCAGGUUGACCUGAGAUUGGAAGAAGCCCAUCAGGCCCAAGUGUUGUGGUUUUGGGCGGACACCAGAGCGGAAGCACUUGAUAUCGAAACGAUCAAUGGUGUUGAGGUCAGCAAAUAUGAUGACAUACGAGACAAGAAGACUCUGGAGUCAUGGAGAACGCAAUUAAGGAUACUCAACGGCCAUCCUGUCCCCACCGACCUGUUCAAGUUCACCUCAGCCUUCCCAGAACUGCCGGGGGCGACCAGAGGAAGAAAGCCAGGCUCAAAGGUUGUGAACGGGAAAGUCAUCCUACCUGGAGCUCCAGGAUACGAUGAAGCUAUAUCAGACCAUAUCGCCGAUCGUGACGAAGUUCAGCCGACACCGAAACACAAAACCAGUCAACUUGCUGGAGCCGCCUUGGUUUCUACGGACGAUGAAGAGGAGGCCUUUGAGGACGCAGAGGAGAUUCUGUCAACAGUCGAAGAUAACGACGAUAAGUAUAUUGGAAAGCGUAUCAAAGAGCAUAAGGACCCGGGCGAAGAGCAUAGCUUAGAUGAUGAUAAUACCGAGCUCCGGACAUACCAGCAGCGAUGGGGCGCAGCGUUUAGUUUGUUGGAGUCGGAUGAAAGCAACCCAGAACAUGUGACGAGACAGGACCAGAGUCCCGUGCCGCAACCAAAGCAGGAACGGACGAAGCAGCAAAUCAUGUCAAAUGCCAACGCUUACGUCUCAGACGAAGACGAUUGGUACGGCGACCCCAUUCCAAUCAGAGGAGGCACAGAGGAGUCCGAAGGCGGAGAUUAUGACCCUCGCAUGGAAUCCGACUGA